GUCGCGAAUUUUUGUCAAAUUGGUGUAAACAAAAACAUAACCAAACUUUCUUAUAAAAAGGAAUAUCAUACACUUCCUUCCGGAUUCAGUGAAAUUUAGGGAGAUUUAUCAAUGAGAGCAAUGCUUUUGAAGCGAAUCAACAUUUAUUCUUGGCAGCAAUUGCGAAAAUAUUCAGCACUUUACCUUACGGGUGAUAAAGCCAGGGAAGAAUAUGCUUCAGUUCAUCCCUAUUUGGACUUCAAGGGCAUCCUCGGGGAUAGGAAGGGACUUCAGGAGAAUCUAGCAAAACGUAAGUCUCAAAUAAAUCUCACUAAACUCUAUGAGCAAUGGGAUAAGUACAGAAAGCUCCAGGAGGAGAAAAGCACCCUGGAGAGGAAGAGGAUUGAUAUUGCGGAGAGUCUAAAGAAUCAGGCACUUAGGGAGGAAGAAAUUGAAAGACUAAAAGCCGAAGGAAAAGCCCUGAGGAAUACAUUGAAAGAUCUCAAGGAGAACUCGUACAAUUUUGAAGAGGAAUUUAUUAAUAAAUUCCUCGAAAUUCCCAAUGGAAUUCAUCCUCGUACGCAGGAAGGGAUAAUCUUUGAUAGCCCAGUAAAGGAUGAAGUUCCAGCUGCGGAAGAUCAAUGUCACAGCAUGGUCAGUACAGUUGAUGAUCACUGCUUGUAUUCCCGCGGAGAUUUGGCGAGAUUUGAAUUUAUGUUCCCAAUUUAUUGCCAAAAAUUCCUGGCAAAGAAGGGAUUUGUCUACUUCGCUAAUCCGGACUUUGUACGAUCAGUCAUUGUGGAGGCAGCUGGUGUAGAUAAGGGGAGGCUUUUUCGUGUCCUCGAAGAUGAUGCUGAGAGCAAGAUUAAUCUUCUACACCUCUCCGGAGGUGGAUCAAUGAUGAGCUUCUUGAGCUACAUCACAAGAUUAUCAAUUUUCUCCACACAAUUACCCCUCUCCUUGGUUGCCAAUGGAAGAACCUACUCCCGCGCAGGGGAUUCCAGGAGUCAAGGAAAUUCCGUACAAGCCUUCUGUGCCACGUCCACUGUAAAGGAAGCUGAAGAGAAAUUUGAUGAGCUCACUGCGGAUCUUCAGGAAAUUUAUGGGAAGUUCGAGCAGCAUUUUCGCAUGAUUUAUGCUUCUCCGGAAAAAUUAGAUUCAUCCGAAAUGAUGAGACUUUCCCUUGAAAUGUUAUCCACCACCAAUGGGGAUUACAAGGAAGUCGCCAGCGUGAGCUUCCAUGGGGAUUAUUUGAGUAAGAGAUUACUCUUUAACUACAAAUCCGGGAAGGAAACGCAUUUCCCCAACAUUGUUACUGCCACCUUCGUGGAUACAUCGCAAUUGAGCAUAAUUUUAAUGGAUAAGCAUAAAGAUAAGAUUAAGGAAUUGUUAAGGAUUCUAAAGUAGAAUAAAAGAGAUUUUUUGUAGUAAAAAA